UCUGGGCACAGGUGGGUGGCACUUCUGGGCACAGGUGGGUGGCACUUCUGGGCACAGGUGGGUGGCACUUCUGGGCACAGGUGGGUGGCACUUCUGGGCACAGGUGGAUGCACUGCUGGGCACAGGUGGGUGAUCUGCUGGGCACAGGUGGGCGGAGUUAGUGGGCGCACAGGUGGGCGGAACUUGCAGGUGGCACUGCUGGGCACCGAUCAUCAGGGCACUGAUCAUCAGUGCCCUGAUGAUCGGUGCCGAUCCCCGCUCUGACAACUGCCGGUUCUCGGCAGUACUUUCCUCACGAUCUGACAGCGUGAGGAAAGUGCAGCCGAGAACCGGCACUUGCAU